CACGCCAUUCACACUGCCAGACCCGAGGUGGAUGCUGCUUGCCACAGUCACUCCUUGUACGGCAAGGCGUUUAGCACGCUGGGAAGGAACAUUGAAAUCACCACGCAGGACAGCUGCGUGUUUUACAAGAGGUGCGCUCACUACGAUUCGUUUGGAGGUGUGGCCGUAUCGGAAGAGGAGGGCCAGCACAUUGCAGAGGCGCUGGGAAAGGACAAUGUCGCCUUGAUCAUGGCCAAUCACGGCAUCCUGACCGCUGGCAAGACGAUCGAGUCGGCUGUGCACAGAUUCAUCGCUCUGGAGCGUCACUGCCAAGUCCAGCUGUUGGCGGACGCUGCAUCGGCCAGGGACGGCAAGAGACCAACGCAGAUCAGCGACGAGGAGGCAGAGUACACGGCCAACCAGACGGCGUCGGAGCACGCUUGCUGGUUCCAAGCUCUGGGCAUCUUUGAGAUGGUCGACUUUGAAGCCAAACAGAGCGGCUACCCUUAUGCCGCUUGA